UGACGUCUUCCUCUUCCGUUUUCAGCUGAGAACGGAGAACGAAACAAACAAGAUCAAACAAAGCUCGCAGCCUUCGCCGUAGCUCCCCAAGCUCGUAUUUUUCUCAUCGAUCAUCGGAUCUCGCCGCAGGUUCUGGUUGGUAGGCGAUGGCAUCCACGGCGGUGAUGAAGGGGAGCGGGGGCGCGGCGAAGCCGAAGCCGGAUGGGAAGGGGAAAGCUGUGCUGGCAUCCCCCGAGGUGAAGAAGAAGGUUGAGGGCUCUGUGAAGCUAGGGUCGGAUUCCAAGCAGAAAUCUGUCACAGUGGUUACUAAAUCGGAGGUCAAAGGAAAUUCAGGUUCGCGUUCAUCAAAAACACUCACGAAGACAACAACUGUCAAAAGAAAAACUGAGAAGAAAGUUUAUACUUUGCCAGGACAGAAGCAUGAUCCUCCCGAAGAGAGAGAACCUUUGAGGAUAUUCUAUGAAUCGUUGUCAAAACAGAUUCCAUCAAGUGAAAUGGCAGAAUUUUGGAUGAUGGAGCAUGGUUUGCUGCCCCCUGAUAAAGCAAAGAAAGCAUAUGAGAAAAAGCAGAGGAGGCAGCAGCAGCUUAGGACAGGAACUCCGAUCAAAUCUCCCCCGAUAAAGUCCUUCAAGUCUGAGAGACCAGAAAGCUCAAAUAAAUCUCAGGUCACGAAGAACGGAGAUGCCAAAGUGAAGAAAAGAGUAAGCUACAGUGAUGACGAUGAUGACUUCAUUGUGAAGGCCAAGAAGCCAAAGAUAUAAGGGAAAAUAAUAUGGUUGUUGUUGAAGCCAAUGGUGUAACUUUAAUGAUAGUCUGCUACCAAUCAAGGGGUGCCGGAAAAAUCUGGUUUAUUUCUGACUUUUAGUUCUCAGGACAGCUAUUGAACAGAAUUAGUGAGAGGCGAACAAGGCGCGAGCCUUUGCAAUUAAGGCCCUCAUGGCUCAUCAAGUUUCAUUGUAAAAUUAGAAAAAAUCAUUGGCAUUUUUUAUUUUCACUUUAUUUACAAACAAUAAACCAUUAUUGUUGUUGUGAUUCCCAAGAUACAUUUUUUUUCUGUUGUAACAUGCAAAAAUAAUAGCGUGACUUCGGUUUUACGUGAUA